GGCAGGAAGACAACACCGGAAACUUUACAUGUGCAUAAAAUGUAGCAGACAGUUGCGGCAUAUAAGUUACUCAACUGUCUCCUCAAGAUGUUUGCAGCUGUGCUGUUUAUAACAGGGAUAUACACAGCAGUGGGAUUCAACAUUUACACAAUCCCGGUGAAAAAUUAUACAAAUGAAGACCGACUGUUCGGUCAAACUAUUAUUCAGUCUAAAGAUGGAGUUUUUGUUCCUUCUCCUACCGAUGGAAAUGUUUUCAGAUGCACAGAGAACGGUUGUGUUCAAAUGCAUGUUACUGACAAAUUCGAGAAAGGCCUGACUCCAGUUGCAUCUGUAGCAUCCAGACUGACUGAAGAUAAGGAGCAGCUUUUGGUUUGUAACCAAGUUCGGACAAGGAACUCAUCAACAGAGUAUUUAAAUGGAAAAUGUGCUCACAAGUAUGAUGAACAGAAGAUAAGUCAAAUCUAUCCUGAUAAGUUGGUUUUACAGCAACUGGAAAAAAAUACCAGCAUUAUCAACAACAACAACAACAACAACAACAACAACAACAACAACAACAACAAAUAUCCAGACUACUGGAGGAAGAGAAGAGCACUGCAGGAUACAGAUGAAGAAGAUGAAGAUGCAGGGACGGAGAUCGCAUUUGUGUUGGACGGCUCUGGUAGCAUUGACAAAGAAGAUUUUGAAAUGGCCAAAGACUUUAUUAUUAAUGUAAUGAAAAAUGUUUGGACAACAUGUUUCAGUUGCAACUUUGCAAUAGUACAGUUUGGGAGAGAAAUAAGGACUGAACUCUCUCUGACAGAAAAUAAUGACACUCUCAGUGCCUUGGAUAAGGUGAAGAGCAUAAAACAGGUUCAUGCAAUCACCAAGACUGCUUCAGCCAUCUAUCAUGUUCUCACAGAGGUUUUUGUUCCUCAAAUGGGAUCAAAAGAGAAUGCCAAAAAAAUGAUUAUUCUACUAUCUGAUGGACAAAUGGCAGGAGAUAAUAGAACCCUCAAUGAUGUUUUGAACAUGACACAGAUGGAUGGGAUUGUUCGCUAUGCAAUAGGGGUAGGGCCAGAGGUUCUUGGUAAAAGAAAUGCAAUAAAUGAGAUGAUACAAAUUGCUGGCAGCGAAGACCGAUUUUUCAAUGUUUCGAAUUAUGGAGCAUUGGAAAAAAUUCUUUCUUCUUUGGAAAAAAGCAUCAUUGGGAUUGAAGGCAUACAGAAGGGAGCAGGUUUUCAGUUUCAGCUUGCAGAGGCUGGAUUUAGCUCUCACUUUACACAUGAUGGUUCGAUCCUUUUUGGUGCUGUGGGAGCAUAUGACUGGAGCGGAGGGAUCAUUCUGAAAAAAAGGAACGAAGAACUUGUGACUUUUUUAAAUGCAAGCAAUGAAGAACAUAGAUUUUCUUAUUUGGGUUACAGUGUGGCAUCGGUGUACUCGAAUAAGAAAACACUGUAUAUAUCUGGGGCACCCAGGUACUACUUGACUGGCGCAGUAUUCAUUUUUGAUGGGACCAAACAAGAUUUGCUACAAGGGGAUCAGGUUGGGUCUUAUUUUGGAUCAGUUCUCUGUGCCUUGGACAUUAAUAAUGAUGAGGAAACAGAUUAUCUUCUGGUUGGAGCGCCACACUUCCAUGUAAAAGGGGAAGAGGGCAAAGUGCUGUUGUACAGACUAAAUAAAGGAAAAUUUGAGAAAGUAACCUUUGAAUUGCGUGGACUAGAAAAAUACAUGUUUGCAAGGUUUGGCUCUGCCAUAGCUGAUAUUGGAGACAUUGACGGGAACGAAUUCCGUGAUAUUGCAGUGGGAGCUCCCCUCGAAGCAGAUCACUCAGGAAGUGUCUACAUAUAUAAUGGUUUUAAUGAUGGUCUAAAAAAACAUUUUUCACAGAGAAUCACACCAUCAGACUUCGGAAUUAAACUUGUGCACUUUGGCCAGGCAGUGAGUGCCAUGUCAGUAGAAAAAAAAAAGCAACCACUAAUUAGUGUUGGGAGUGAAGGAACCAUAAAUGUCUUUAAGACAAUUCCGGUUAUCGUUAUUCAACCAGAAAUAGAGGUUGCUAACGACCUGAUUGCCAGUGAUAAGCAGAGCAAUGAUGAGUCAAGCAAAUUUGACACAAAGUUCCAAAUUUGCUUCAAAACACCAAAAGGAGAUAUUAAGUCUGGUGAACUAUUAAUUGAGUAUGAUAUUGAUUUGGACUGGGGUAAAGAACAAAAGCGACUGGUUUUUCUCAAGCCUAAUGAAGGGAGAGUGGACUUUACUCUGACUGAGUCCCAAACCUGCACUGACUCGAUAGAAGUGAAAUAUGUGGGCUGCUCUGACUGUUUCUCAUCUAUAAAGAUUAGGGUGAAUUUUACAUUAACCCCAGCCACUGGAUUUCCUCUGCGGGCUCUUGAUGCAUAUACUCCAAAAGAGGCCAUAAAGGAGAUUCAUUUUGAAAAGGAGUGUUUAAGUGAGCAUUGUAAGGCUUAUAUUUCACUGGCUGAUUCGAAACUCAGCAAUUCCACUGUAAUAAUUGGCAAGACCCAAACGUUGGAUAUAUCGUUUGACCUUAAGAACUCUGGGGACAAUUCUUAUAUGACCACUCUGACCUUGGUGUAUCCUGAAUUACUAUCUUUCAAGAAGUCUGAGGGUGGCACAUGUGAGAAUAAAAAUGACAACCAUCAACUAGUGUGUAAAAUUUUGUAUCCCGUAUUCCAAAGGAAUGCAGAGACCAGACUGACAAUCACUUGGCAGCCUAUUAACAAGAACACAAGCAACACAGAAUCAAUUACUGCUCAGUUAACAGGUGGCAAUAAUGGCAGUGAGGUACUUGAUUCAAAGGCGUACAGUUUCACAGUAAAGAAAGCUCUUGCAGUUCAUCUUGCUGGUUCAGCCAUGCCAAACAGACUAAACAUUACAGAGGGGGAAAAAAGCAAGUCACAAACGCUGCAGUUCAAUUUUAAGCUGGAGGGUACAAACGAAUAUGAGGCCAAAAUAAACGUGGAAAUCACAAUCGAAAAGCAGACACAUAAAACCGACGUCGUCAUCAUGAGCGUCGAACCAAAUACCUGCUUAUUGCCCUCAGAUAAAAAUGUUAUGAAAACCUUACAGAUUCAAUGCAAUCUGACAGAGUUGCAAAAAGAGAUUAACAUAAAGGCUCAAACGCAUAUCCACGACAUUAAGGAUAUUACAGAGAAGAUCACUGCCAAGGGAGUAAUUACAUUUGAUGAGAACAUCUAUGCUGGAAAAAACAUUAUAAAGACAGUACAAGUGCAAGUUUUACUUGUUAAGCUGACAGUUGUGACAUCAAGUGCACUCAUUGUAGGCAGUUCCAUUGGAGGGUUUAUCCUUUUAAUCAUCAUCAUCAUUAUUCUUAUCAAGUGUGGAUUUUUCCGUCGACGCCAUAAGAUGGAACGCUCAAUGAGUACAACCUGAAGGCAAUUUCAAUGUUGAACAGAUUGCAUAUCAGUGUUCUUUUUAGAUAAUAGCACAUUGUCUGUGUAGAUUUAUUAUUUUAUAAUUGUACAUUUUAAGUUGUUUUAAUUAGGAAUAUAUUUUUAAUUGCUGAAUAGUUUUCUUAAAUCUUCUUGAAAUCUUGAAGCGUU